UCUCUCUCUCUCUCUCUCUCUCUCUCUCUCUCGUGCCCACGUCUCUCUCUCAGAUCCCUCUCUACCUCCCUCCCUUUCUCCCUCCCUCUCUAUCCCUCCAUCUUGCUCACAUUCUCUGUCUCUCUCUCUUGCUCUGUCUCGUUCUCACUCCCAUUCUCUCUCCCGUUUCGCUCUCUCUCUCUUUCUCUCCCAAAGUGGGUGAGACAGGAGUACACAGGUGUAUUAACAGAUGAGAGAGAGAGAGAGAGAGAGAGAGAGAGAGAGAGAGAGAGAGAGAGAGAGAGAGAGAGAGAGAGAGAGAGAGAGAGAGAGAGAGAGAGAGAGAGAGAGAGAGAGAGAGAGAGAGAGAGAGAGAGAGAGAGAGAGAGAGAGAGAGAGAGGAAACAAAGUGGAAACAAAGUGCCGAGUUAUCACUUCACCAAAGUUUAAUCGUGUCUUGCGGAGACUUCACCAGGAGCUGAGCAGGGAUGGCAGUGAAAGUGCCUUUAUCUGUCUGAUGAGUCUGCCUCAGGUGGACAUUAAAGGGCCAGGAGAGAAACCAUAGCCGUAGAGUAACUACAUGGACUGAGCGGUGCUACUGUUACUUUGCUUGUUGAUCGAGUGAAGGUGACUUUCACUGUCCUAAAUUAAGCUGGGAAUCCGCUGGAAAGAAGUCGGACACUUUUUGUUGACCUACUUGGCAUAGCGUUUUUGUAUUUGUUAUUUAUUUUUUAGCAAGUUUACAUUUAAUUCAAGCUUGCAUCAGCCACCAUGUCUGGAACCAGCGAUCUACUACACAAAUCGACCCUAUCUGUGUACUCGAACUUGAUGGACCAGUUCAACCCAGGACUUCAGAAUCUGGUUACUUUAGGGAACAGCUAUGUCAAGGCCUUUCAAGCCUUGGGAGUUUGCAGUGAAGCGUACUUCAGUGCUGUGGCCAAAAUGGGAGAACAGGCUAUGCACACACUUUCCUCCCGCUCACUCGGCGAUGUGUUGGUCCAGAUCUCAGAGACUCAGAGGCGGCUAACAGCAGAGAUGGAAGGCGUGUUCCGCUGGUUCCAGGUCGAGGUUCUGCAGGCCAUGGAGAAGAAGGUGAAGCUGGAUGAGGAAUACAUGGAUGGCAGCCGCAGGGUGUAUGAGCUGGAGGUCAGGAACCAAGCAGAGGCCCUCGAGAAACAACUCAGACGAGGGACCUUCAGGGACUCACUGGUACACACGUUAAGCUGUAACACACACACCAAUCUACAAGUCCACUGUAGCAGGUGACCCU